AAGAAAGAUGAUGAAGGUGGAGGUGGAGAGGCGAAAGCUGAUAAAACCGUUGACGGCGACACCAUCACACCUCCGCAGCUACAAAAUAUCACUAAUCGAUGAGCUCAACCCAUCUAUGCAUGUCGUACGAAUCCUCUUCUAUCCGUCUGUCCCCGGAGAAAAACUGCGGCCUAUAAUCAUCAACUUGGAAGAAUCACUUGCUCGAAUACUGCCGCUUUUCUACCCACUCGCCGGUAGAUACAUCAAGGAGAACCAUUUGGUUGAUUGCAACGACCAAGGCGUUGAGUUCUCCGAAGCAACGGUCGACUGCGACCUUCUUGCCGUUACCGGUGCUGGUGGUGGUGCCGAGCACCUCAACCACCUCCUCCCAAUCGAUAUAUGCGCCGCCGACGAGCCCACCGACCCAAUCCUGGCGGUUCGAAUCAACAGGUUCCGCUGCGGAGGGGUGGCCAUCGGCGUCUGCGUUUCCCACAGGAUCUCCGACUCCGCCUGUCUCGGAAUAUUCCUGCAGGCCUGGAAAGAUGCUGCUACGGGCGGCAGCGGCAGUGAUGUCAUCAAACCUGAUUUCAACUCGCACGAGUUCUUCCCGUCUGAAAACCUGCCUCCGUUGCAUUUUGGUGUUUCGAGGACGCGGGACACCAGCGUUAUCUGCGAGAGGUUUAUGUUCGACAAGGAAGCCAUUUCCGUACUUAGAGAUAUAUAUACCGCGGCCGCCUCCACCACACUGGAGGCCGGCGGCCGGCCGCCCUCCAGGGUGGUGGUGGUAUCCGCUGUCCUGACGCAGGCUCUCCUGCGUGCAGACAGGGCCAAAAAGGGCGGCGUAUCAAGCGCCGCCCUAAUUGCACAGGCAAUCAACGUCCGCGAAAGGACCGUACCGCCGGUGUCGAAGCAUGCAUGGGGCACAUGGGUUUCGUUAUCCUACCUGGAAUAUAGUGCGGAAGAGGCCCGCCUUCACCUGUUGGAAAACGGCGAUUUUCCAGGCCUCGUUCGUAAAAUGCGCGAGACCACCAUACAAGGUGUUAAAGACUGUCCGAGAAUAUUAUCGGAGAGAGAGUUUGGGAGAUGGGUUUUGGUGGAUAGCUACUUUGAAGCAGCUAAGAAAGCAUCAAACCCUAACUAUAAGGUGAUAUGGAUUACGGAUUGGUCGAAAUUCGGUGAGUACGAGCUCGACUUUGGGUUCGGGAAACCGGUGUGGGUGAGCUUGGCUGAUGUUCCUCUUAAAGACAUGUUCAUAUUGAUGAACACCAAAAGCAACGAUGGAAUUGAAGCAUGGGUUUAUUUGCACGAAUCCGAUAUGCCUUUUUUCGAACACGAGUAUCAUCGAGUACUAGAAACCCUCCUUACUACAGCACCAACCACAUAA